UAUCGAUUUUGGUUUUUCUUUUGAGGGAGGACGCGAUGGUAACCCUACGGAGCAUGAGCGUUCGGGUUCCCGCCAAAAAAGGGUAAGAGAGGGGGAAAAGGGGGACCGAGCAAAGGGCGGCUUGAGGCGAAGGAGAUCGGAGGGAACUCGCUGCAGAGAUCGAGAUGAAGAAGACGGCGGCCUCCGCACCCUCUCCCGCCGAGCCCUCGCCCUCGCCCCAUCAAGAGCACGGCGACGACAACAGUCUGCAGCCGUUCUUCAUCCUCCAUAGAGCGGCCCCCGACAAAUCCGACCGCAAACCAUCCCGGAGGAGUGUCCCCUCGUCUCCGGCAUCCCCUAAUAAAGCCGUCAACUCAGAUGACCACGACGAUUGCUCCGGGGAUCUCUCUCGCGAGCACUUGCGAAUGGAGGCUUUCCAACACGCCUGGUCCGACAUCGAGACUGCCAUCCAGGGAGUCCUCCACAGUAUCGACUCUGCUACAUUCGAGGCUAUACAUUCCUGGAUCAGUGAGUCCUUCAGCAUUAUCAGGACGCAUGUUUCUUCUGGCUUUUCUGAAGUUGCGCAGUCUUUCCCUGCCGCAGUAGAUUCUGUCUCUAGAAGGCUUUUUACCGGGCUCAUCCUCACCAAGAACAUGGAGCUGUUUGAUGAUCUCAGGACAUUUGAAGAGGUUGGCCGAUUUUUGAGAUCCCAUGGAUGUCAUGUUGCUAAUCUUUCUUCAAUGGAUUUUGUGGCCAAGAAUGGGAUUGGUGGUUGUAUUACAAGCUUGCUCAGACAGUUUUUAGCUACUAGUGUGGAUGCACCUGACAUGCUUACUUUGUCAUCAUGGUACAACAACCAAGUGAACAACGACACCCCUAUUGUUUUGAUUAUAGAUGAUUUGGAGCGUUGUUGUGGGUCUGUCCUAUCAGAUUUCAUCCUUUUGUUAAGUGAGUGGGUAAUGAAGAUUCCAGUCAUCUUAAUCAUAGGAGUGGCAACAACGCCAGAUCGGUUGAGAAGCAUACUUCAGUCCGAGGCGCUGCAGUGCUUGUAUCCUUUCAAGUUCAAUUUGGGGACUCUGGCAGAGAGAAUGGACGCUGUUGUUGAGGCUAUUCUGGUGAAGCAGAGUCCUGGUUUCUUUAUUAGCCAUAAGGUGGCAGUUUUUAUGAGGAAUCAUUUUGUUAACCAUGGUGGAACGUUGAGUUCUUUUAUCAGAGCUCUUAAGAUAGCAUGUGUCCAACAUUUUUCUAUGGAGCCUUUUAGCUUCGUUCUCAGAGGGCUUAUUGAAGAAGAAAUACAGGGCAGCAAGCAUGGUGCAUUGCCGAAAGCCAUCUACAAUUGUGCUUCUAAUAUUUCACCUUGUGAGAGAUUUGUCACUAGUAAUAAAAUGGAUGAAGAAGCUGUUCAAAGACUGGUUCCUGAAAUCGCACAACUUAGGAGACUGCACUUCUUGUGGAGCAUUGUGGUCCUGUGUCUAUAUGAAGCUGGAAAGGGCAAUGAGUUCCACGUGCUAGACUUACUGUGCGAAGCACUUGAUCCAGAAUUUUAUGCAUCAAGGGCUCCAGGUUCUUUUACUCAAGAGACUGGACAUACAAAAGCAUCAUCUCCAAAUGAUUGUUUUACACAUCAGCAUAAGUUUACCAUGAGAAAGAAUGGAUUUAUCUCUCAAGCGUGCGGAAAGUAA